AUGGGUAGCCUCGGAGCCUCUAAAUCCACACCUGACGGGAUUGCAGUCAUGGAUGUUGAAAAGCCCUGCAAUCUUGAAGCUGUCCCGGAUCUCAUCAAAGAUGUUGUGUCAGCUGCUGAUGUACUCGCUUCGGGGAGUCCCAAUGCUCGCCAUGAGCUCCUGAUCAAGCUGAGGACUCUGAGUUUGGCUAUUGAAACACCUCGAGAGAUAGCAAUGAGGCAUUGUUGGACAAUGACGACGUCAAUUGGUGCUCUUGCAUUUGGUGUCGACAGUGGCUUAUGGAGAGCCAUGGUACAAAACGGCGACAGAGGACAAUCUGUAAGCGAGUUGGCAGAUCAAACUGGGGUCGACCCAGUUCUUCUUGCUCGCAUCAUGCGUCACUUUGGUGCCAUGGGCUACGUGGACGAGACUGCACAGGACGAGUACCGACCUACCGUCUUCUCCAAGUCGCUAAGUAUUCCAACUGUUGGGAACGGUCUCAUUGGAUUGACAUGUGCUACUGGCGCUUCGUCGCUCAAGUUUCACGAGUUCUCACGCAAGAGUGGGUGGAAGAACCCUACAGAUACAAAGAACACACCCUUGAUGUAUGCUUACAACACCGAUUGUGACAUGUUCUCCUGGAUCCAAUCUCAAGGUUAUGGAUCGUACUUCAAUGACCAUAUGGUUGGCUACCACCCAACACCUUGGAUGGCGACUGGUCGGUUUCCGGUACAAGAGCAGUUAAUUGAUGGCGCCCACAAAAAUCCCGAUGCGCCGUUCUGGGUAGAUAUUGGUGGAUGUCUUGGCCAGGACCUUUUGGACUUGCAACGCCAUUAUCCAAGUAUGCCAGGAAAGCUCAUCCUCCAAGAUCUUCCUCCCGUUAUUGGACAGGUCAAGAAAAUUCAGCAGACGAGCUUCACCGCUAUGGAGCAUGACUUCUUCACAGAGCAGCCCGUCAAAGGUUCUCGGGCUUACUACUUGCAUUCUGUCUUGCAUGACUGGCCCGACAGUGUGUGCGAAAAGAUACUUGGUCACAUAACUGACGCCAUGGAACGGGGCUAUAGCAAACUUCUGAUCCAUGAACACGUUGUACCGCUUACGAAUGCAUCGUGGGAGACCACUGCCAAAGACAUUUUGAUGAUGGCCAUGUUCUCUGCCGGGGAGAGGAGUGAAGUCCAGUGGCGCGAGUUGCUGGAGGCUAAGGCAGGUCUCAGGAUUACUAGUAUCUGGCAGCUUGAUCUGCCGGACGAGUACCUCAUCGAGUGUGAACUGCCUUGA